AUGGCAGAGGAACAAACGGCACAGACUAACACUUCUCUUUUACUGGAUGACGAGGGUGGUAUCACAGACAAGCUAGUGAUCUGUCUGCAGCAUAUUUUUGCCAAAUAUUGCACGCCUGCCCCCGAAAGAACAUCAGGACCCCUCCUUACUCCGCCUGAAAACGCUUACCUUUCCGACGAGGGACUCCAGAAAUGGGCACGCGACACGAAUGGAGAACCGUUCUCAGAAGAAACUAAAGAAGAGGUCGUCGAGUCCUUCGACGUGACUGACGACGGGAACCUGACAUUCAGGGGAUUCCUACAACUUUAUCAGCUGCAAACAGAGAAUGAUGAAGCAGAAACCUGGAAAGAUCUGCAAUCGCAUGGCUUCGACAAAAAUCUCAACUUGACGUCGAGUUGA